AUGCAGCGCGGGCGCCGGGCGCCGGAGAUGGCCGCCGGGAGGCCACGGCGGGGCGGCGGCCAAGCGAGCCGGAGGUGGGGCGGAGCAGGACGGUGCGUCGGCGGCCACAGUGGUGGGCGGAACCGGCGCGGCCACGGCGCGGUUCGGCGGUCGGGCGCAGCGGUGGCAGCGAUGGCAGAGCAGACGGCCGCGGAAGGCACGAAGGCGAGCCCGAGGGACCGGGGCGUCGGAGGCAGGUGCGCGCGGCCAUGGCAACAUGCGCGAACGGGGGAGGCCGCGGUGGAGGCGGGGCGCGCGUGCGCAGCCGCGGGGCGCGGUGAGCAUGCCAAGGGGGAAGAAGGGAGCGGCCACGCAGCGGGGCAGCGGCGAUGCGGCGCGUUGAGGGAGAGAGGAGGAGAAGGGGGGGCGCGGCUCACGGAGGGCGUAGGGAUCGUGGCAGCGGUGCGCGAGGUGGAUGACGGGGACGACGGCGGAGAGGAGAAGCAGGCGCCGGCGGGGGAGCGCUCCGGGCGGCGGCGGCGUCCUGGUGCGGGGGCAGCGACCUCCUCCCCCGAUCCUGAUCCAAUCGGGGAGAGAGGGGGCAGAUAUUUUCGUGGGGGGGAGUGGGGUGUUGGUGGGGAAGCGGAGUUGGAGCAUGACAAGUCGGUGACAAAUGUAAAAUCGGGCCAUCGAUCAUAUCACAAGGCAUCCUCCUCCAUAGAGAAGCACAAGUCACCAGCAGUUCCCGAGGACUCGCGCAAGUGGUCUGAAAAGCUGGAAGCACUACGUGCCUACCGCAAGUCGAAGAAUCUCUGCUUCACUUGUGGUGAUCCGUGGGCACGUGGCCACAAAUGUCCUGAUAAAGGUGCCCAUUCAUGUCAUGGAAGAAUUACUGGAGGUGUUGUAGUUAGAUGA